GGAAGUAACAGUGACUUUAGCGUCUUUCGAAUUUUAAAAAUUAAAUAAAAGGAAUAAAAUAAAUUUUUAAUAUUUUAGCUCCAACAAUUAAAAAUUAUCUCAAUAUCUAUUAAAGUUUGAUAAUUUCACAAAAUUAUUAAUAACUAUUAAAGUUGUUAAAUAAAUUCGCAAAGUUAUUUAAGUGUUCAAAAUUAUUGGAUAAUUAAUAAUAUUGUGUUUUUCACUUGUUCAAAAAUAACGGUAUGAACUGCUUAUUUUUUAUCCUUCUCAUCAGAUUUUAUUAUGUGGGGAUAAAUUGAGUUUGUUGAGUUUGUUGUUGUUGUGUUACAGAGGAGGUUUUUCUGAGUCAUUGUUCUCCAUUGUCAUCUUCAAAUCAGGAAAAAAAGAAUUCCUAAAUCAAUAGUGAAUUACGAUGCUUGUAACAAGAUUCUUCAGUUCCAGGUCCACUGUUCUCAAUCUUUCUUCAUUAAUUUCUACAUAUUCAUCAUUACCCAACAGCAAAUUCCCAACUAAUUUAGACGAAUCCCAGGUCCUAAAUCAACUUUCCGACCUUUUACCCAUACGCCAAACCUCAACAAUCGAAAAACCGAUUCCUCCACAUUCCUCCGAACGAAACAAUCACUUUACGGUUUUCGACAAUCUUUUAACUCCCGCAGAUAAAUUAAGCGGCAUUUUUCUUCAGAAACUUAAGGGAAAAACUGCAAUUGAGAAAGCAUUGUCAUCCGUUGACGUAGAAUUAACGGCUGAUUUAGUUGAUAAAGUUGUAAACAAAGGGAAUUUAGAUGCUGCAUCAAUUGCUACUUUUUUCAAUUGGGUUAUUAAACAACAAAAUAUACCUAUUGAUAAUGAUAUUUAUUGUAUAAUCAUUAAAGCAUUAGGGAGGAGGAAGUUUUUCGGGAUGAUGAUUGAAACGUUGAAGGAAAUGAUGAAUAAAGGAAUUGUGCCUAAUUUAGAGAUACUUAGCAUUGUGUUUGAUAGCUUUAUUCGAGCUCGACAGAUUUCAAAGGCUAUACAGUUGUUUAAUGGAUUGGAGGAGUAUGGAUUGAGAUGUGAUACUGAGACAGUUAAUGUUGUUUUACGAUGUUUAUGUCGUAGAUCACAUGUAGGUGCUGCCAGUUCAUUACUUGUGAAAAUGAAAGAGAAGGUUUCGUUUGAUGUCACAACGUAUAAUAUAGUUAUUGGUGGAUGGUCGAGGUUUGGAAGAGUUAAGGAAGUCGAGAGAAUCGUGAAAGCAAUGGUGGAUGAUGGACUUGAGGCGAAUAAUUUGACUUAUAGUUAUGUUCUUGAAUGUCUAGGGAGAGCUGGUAGAAUUGAUGAUGCUGUUGAGAUUUUCGAGGGCUUGGAAGAAAAAGGGUGUGCGCUUGAUGCUGGGAUCUACAAUGCAAUGAUAUUGAAUUUUAUUGCACAGGGUGAAAUUGAUGAAUCAUUUAAAUAUUAUGAGAGGAUGUUAAAUACGGAAUGUGAGCCAAAUGCUGUUACUUAUAUGAGACUAAUAUCAGCUUUUCUGAAAGCUAGAAGAGUAGCCGAUGCAAUUGAAAUGUUUGAUGAAAUGUUAAGCCGUGGGAUGAUUGUAACCACAGGGACUGUCACCUCUUUUCUUGAGCCUUUAUGUAGCUAUGGUCCGCCUCAUGCAGCUCUAAUGAUUUAUAAGAAGGCGAGACAAGCUGGAUGUACGAUAUCCUUGAGUGCGUACAAGUUGCUGCUUAUGCGGCUUUCUAGGUUUGGGAAAUGUGGUAUGCUGUUAAACAUCUGGAAUGAGAUGCAAGAAAGUGGUUAUUCUUCCGAUAUGCAAGUUUAUGAGUAUGUCAUCAAUGGGCUCUGCAACGUAGGACAGCUUGAAAAUGCUGUCCUGGUAGUGGAGGAAGCUUUAGAGAAAGGAUUUUACCCUAGCAGGCUUAUUUGUAGCAAAUUAAACAACAAGCUACUAGCUUCGAACAAAAUAGAGAUUGCUUACAGGCUCUUUCUAAAGAUAAAAACUGCACGGGCAAAGCAAAAUUCGCAAACAAACUGGCGUGCUAAAGGGUGGCAUUUCUAAUCUUUGCACAGUGAGCUGGUUAGUGCAACUGUAUCUGCUUUCAGAGUGUUUGAAUAUGACAAUAAUCCAGGAUCAACCUUCACUACCCUUAGCUGCCACUGGCAGUGAACUGAAUCUGCUCUUUUGCUUUCCAAAUGGGCGUCUGCUAUCUUGUACAGAGGGGUAAUGUUUGAGAAAUUAUGUGAAGCAACAGGGAAUGGAGUAUUGAUUUGCAUUUAUCAUGGAUGGGGUAAUAUAUGAAAAAUUCAUUGAAGAAUGGGGAACGGAAGUAUUACUUUCUUCGCUAGAAGUUGUUCUGUUGAUAGUAUGGAAAAGUCAUUCCAAUCUGAAUCACAUAUUUAAUUUUGACCAUUGAGGUGAGUGCUUCUAGUUGGCGGCAAGUUGUGCAGCUGGCAAUGAGUGCAUUCUAACUUCCGUGGUAGCUGUAACAUGGCAAGUAACUAAAAGUCUCUAUCUUGUUUAUUAUGAACAAUUCAUAUAAAAAAAUUAGAAUCAUGACUGAUUUUAAUCCCAGGGAGGGGGCGGAGGGGUUUGAAAAAGCAUCUCAGAAUGCAUCUCUGAUGUUGAGUGAGGAAUAAUGAUGAAAUGGUUGCAUCUCUGGGUUAGGAACUGGGAAGGUUGAUUUUUUCGUGGACAGAUGUACAAAAAGAUAUUUUCCCAUCAUACAAGUCCUCCUUAAACCAGUUCUGAGGUUCCAUUAUUUAUCCUAUAGGAUGCAGGGGAAGAAAGUUAAAGGGAAAUGAAAGGUCUCUCAGCCAGUCUAUACACUAUACAUUUAUACGUGUGCUUUCACAUCAAUAGGUGACACCCUUGUGCUUUAGUUAUAAAGAGUAAUUACAUCAUUUGAACGCUCAGAACUUGCAUAUACAGUACAAGCAAAUUGUAAACCAUACUCUCUCUAUGAACUGAAAUGUAGAAAUUGCUUCUCUCUGUAUAUCUCUCUCGUACUUGGUUCUUUUGUAAAGAAAAUUCAAACAACUGCCAUACAUAAACUUGUAUCCAGUUUGGAGUGAGGAACUAAUGCUUUUAGUUCCACAAGAUUAUACGAGACUUUAUAACUGGUUAAAUGGGUGGAGCAGGAUGUGAGCUUUGUCUUUCAUCAGUUCUGGGAGUGAUUUUUCUUUAUCAGCUCAGAUUUCCUCAAGGAAAUCAUGAAAGCUUGACUCUUGAAAAUAAAUGUUAUAUCUCUUGUAAGUCUCCCAGAAGUAAAGAUAGAUAUUUGCUUGUUCGCAUUUGAUGAUCAACUGUUUCAAGAAUUUUAGGAUUUGGUUUUUCGUUCACCUUAGUCUUUUGCACAAUGGAGAACUAUUCUAACAUUCCACUGUUACUUCUCUGUAUUCUUGUACUACUUUAUCAUAUCAAAAGUUUCUUGAACCAAAUAUGCUGGAGUGAUCAUCUAGUUCUAAAAUAAAUUGCCUAUCACUGCACAUGUUAUCUUUUGUUUUCUCGAAAAGAUCUUAUUUCAUUUUUUCUAUUAUUUAAAUUGGAGUGGUGCUUCAAAUUCCAAGUAUGGUGAAGGUACGUCGCCAUGGUAUUAUCAGGUUUCCAUAUGAUGCUUUUUCCUCCGAUCGUACUUCCCAGAGAAAGAGAGAAUUUGAAAUGUAAGCUAUGUGUGUUUAUCUACUUUAUUUGUUGUUAUAUUUGUGUGCAGAUUAUUUUCAUUUGCAAAGGUUGGCAUUCCACGAAAUCUCUGCAUUUGCCGGUUCCUGUUUCAAGUUAUAUUCAGAUGAAACAUAUGAGAUUGGAAAAACUGUUGCAAUUAGCAUGAUUUAAACUUGACGACUUGACUCCUUUGUAUCAAAUUCCUUGACAAAUAUGUUGUCAUAUCUGACUUGCAGAAAUGGUGUCUGAUGCUUCGGUUGUAUGGAUUUAAUAUUGCGGAUAUGCCAGAUUAGGCCCUAAAGUACUGGAGAUGAUGGUCAGGGGAUUCAACCUGGUUUGCUUCUUUAGUGAGCUUAAGCUUCUAGUAUUGCUCGGGCACAAGAAUCCCUUUUUGCAGAUCUUUUCAUGGACUUAUACUUGAGGAGAUGUUGGGUUGAGGAAGCAUGUUACCUUGGAGAAUGCUGGGGUUAUUAUGCAUGCUAACUUGGUGUUUAUCAUUUGCAGUCACGAGGUUUUUGAAGAGAUCCCCGUUAAGGAUGUUGUUUAAUUUGUGGAACAGAGAAACCGCCAGUAAUGCUCAAAGUGACCUCGCAAGAGAGGCUAUUUAUGUAUACAACGUGAUGAAUAACCAUCGAUGUAUUUGCACUAAUCCAAGGACCUUGGAUGAGCA